AGGGAGGGAGGGAGGGGGUGGGCGGCGCUCGAGCGCGGAGCGCCCUCAGCCAGUGCGUGUUACCUGCCGUUACCGUGAGCUCGUCACGGGGGUGGCCCGGACUUACACACACACACACACAGAGAGCGUUAGCCUGACGUUCACUGGUACGCGGACUAUCUUGUUUGUUUGUGACUCGGUGGAGACGGGAGCGUGGGACGGAGGACAAGAGGAAAAAGAAGGAGAAGGGGAGAGAGAGUGGGAGUGUGUGUGUGUGUGAGAGAGAGAGAGAGAAAAAAAAGAUGUCUGGGUUCAGGCAGCUGCUGAGCGCUGCUUUCCUCCUGGCAGCCGCCCGCUGCUCCAGCUCGAGCGCGGAGCCCGGGAGCCCCCGCUCCUGUCUGCCCCCCAGCCGUUGCUCGUGCGUCGACGAGCUGCUGAACUGCAGCCGCAGAAAACUCUCCCGAGUGCCCGACCCGCUGCCCGGGUGGAUCGUUCAGCUGGAUUUGAGCCACAAUCGAUUGACUUCUAUCAAUAGCAGCCUAUUUAACCACCUUCACAGCCUACAGGAAAUAAAAAUAAGCCACAAUCAAUUAACUGCAAUUCCAGACUUUGGCGCGGUAGCCCCAAACCUCACCCUCCUUUCACUAUCUAAUAACAAAAUUAAUGAGGUACACCCUGAUCAGCUGAAACAGUUUCAGUCCUUGGAAACUCUGGAUCUUAGUAACAAUCACAUUUUGGAACUGAAAGCAUUCCCUCAUCUCCAACUUCGAAAUUUAUACAUCAACAGUAACAAAAUAACAUCAUUCGAGCCUGGUGCCUUUGACAAUCUGUCCAAUACACUUCAAGUUCUGAAAUUAAACCGGAACAAAAUUUCAGCUAUUCCUCCAAAGAUGUUUAAGCUGUCAAAUCUUCAACUCCUGGAACUCAAUCGUAACAAGAUUAAGAAAGUAGAUGGCCUCACGUUUCAAGGACUUGGCACUUUAAAAUCUCUUAAAAUGCAAAGAAAUGGCAUUAAUAAACUGAUGGAUGGAGCUUUCUGGGGAUUGAGCAACAUUGAGAUUUUACAACUAGAUUUUAACAACCUGACCGAAGUAACCAAGGGAUGGCUGUACGGCUUGCUAAUGUUGCAACAACUAAAUCUCAGCCAGAAUGCCAUCAAUAAGAUCAGCCCAGAUGCAUGGGAGUUCUGCCAGAAACUCAGUGAGCUAGAUCUUUCAUUCAAUGAGUUAAGUCGUUUGGAAGAAUCCAGCUUUGUAGGUCUGAGCCUACUUGGACAGCUCUACAUAGGAAACAACCAAGUGAACUACAUUGCCGAUGGUGCCUUUGGAGGACUUUCCAGCUUAUACAGUCUAGACCUGAAAAAUAAUGAAAUAUCUUGGACUAUUGAGGACAUGAAUGGGGCAUUCUCUGCAUUAAGCAAUCUUAGAAAAUUGGGGCUACAAGGGAACCGAAUCCGAUCAAUCACGAGAAAAGCCUUUUCUGGCCUGGAUGCGCUUGAACACCUGGAUCUGAACAAUAAUGCCAUCAUGUCUGUUCAAAGCAAUACCUUUUCUCAAAUGAAGAAGCUUCGUGAAUUGCAUUUGAAUACCUCUAGUCUUCUGUGUGAUUGCCAGCUAAAGUGGCUGCACGAAUGGGUGGCAGACAAUCGGUUUCAGCCAUUCAUUAAUGCUAGUUGUGCUCAUCCUCCAUGGCUGAAAGGAAAAAGUAUAUUUGCCACCAAACCAGAGGAUUUUGUAUGCGAUGAUUUCCCCAAACCAGAGAUCAUUGAGCAACCAGAAACCCAAGCAGCAGUGAAGGAAUCCAAUGUGACUUUCAUCUGCUCAGCAGCCAGCAGCAGUGAUUCGCCAAUGACAUUUGCCUGGAAGAAGGACAAUGAAUUGCUGCAUGAUAGUGAAAUCGAGAACUAUGCACACCUCCGCUCCCAAGGUGGCGAAGUUAUGGAAUAUACUACAAUUCUACGUCUCCGACAUGUCAAUUUCAGCAGUGAAGGGAAAUACCAAUGUGUGAUUUCCAAUCACUUUGGCUCAUCAUAUUCCAACAAGGCCAAGCUGACUGUGAAUAUGUUGCCAUCAUUCACAAAGUCUCCAACAGACCUUACUAUACGAGCAGGAGCCAUGGCUCGUUUGGAAUGUGCAGCGCUUGGUCACCCAAUACCGCAGAUAGCCUGGCAAAAAGAUGGUGGAACAGAUUUCCCUGCUGCACGAGAGAGACGCAUGCACGUUAUGCCAGAGGAUGAUGUGUUUUUUAUUGUGAAUGUGAAAAUAGAGGACAUUGGAGUCUACAGUUGCACAGCUCAAAACAGUGCAGGAACCAUUUCUGCUAACGCAACACUAACUGUACUAGAAACGCCAUCUUUUGUACGACCACUGGUUGACAAAACAGUAGGAAAGGGUGAAACUGCUGUCCUACAAUGUAUAGCCGCUGGGAGCCCCCCUCCAAGAUUGAACUGGACCAAGGAUGACAGCCCUUUGACUGUGACAGAAAGGCAUUUCUUCGCUGCUGGCAACCAGCUGCUGAUUAUUGUAGACAGCAGCAUAGAGGAUGCUGGAAAAUAUACCUGUGAGAUGUCCAACACGCUCGGAACCGAGAGGGGCAAUAUUCUCCUCAAUGUCAUGCCCACGCCAAACUGUGAUUCUACGCAGAGCGCUACACCAUUUGAAGAGGAUGGGUGGUCCACAAUUGGAAUUGUAAUUAUAGCUGUCGUUUGCUGUGUAGUUGGCACUUCAUUGGUGUGGGUGGUGAUUAUUUACCAUACGAGAAGGAAGAGCGAGGACUGCAGCGUGACAAACACAGACGAGACAAAUUUGCCUGCAGAUAUCCCAAGCUACUUGUCAUCCCAGGGAACACUAUCAGAUCACCAGGAAGGUUAUGGCCGAUCUGAAGCUGGAAGUCACCACCAACUUAUGAGUGCAUCGAUGAAUGGGUAUCUGCUUCAACACAGAGGAAGUGAUGCUCUUUGCCACAUGGACAAUGGAAGUGAUACUGAUCUGGAAGCUAUGGCUGAUCCGCUGGUUUUUCAUGACCAGGACCGAGCAGGGUCUAUGUACAUUGGACGCAUUUUGUACGAUACUGACACGUUGGAAGGUAUCUGUCAUGAAGAUGAUAACUUGGAUCAGAUGGCAGCUUGUCCAGAUAUUUAUGACUAUUCCAACGCAUAUUCUAAGAAAAGUGAGUUCUGUCCAUAUACACAAGUGCCUCAUGAAGAUCCUUUUGACCACGCUGUUGCAAGCACUAUGAUGCAGCUACCAAAUGUGAACUUGUUCAAUUCUAUUCACACUGUGCGCAAAGGGGCUGCUAUUGACAUCCCUGUUUCAAGCAAGAAUCCAGAACAGCUAGGAACUACACAUAGCACAUAUGGUGGAACAUUUGGAAAGCCUCUGUGGCGAGCACAUCAAGAUCCUUAUUCUGGUUAUAUCCAAUCAACUGCAUCUCAGUCGUUGACUCUUCAUAGUAAUCCUCAGACCUUAAUAAACAGUGACUCUGAGGCUGAAGAAGAAUGUGAGGAACUUGCAGUUUCUGUCAUUGGGCAGCACAGUUGUACCAAUGAACAGACAUUUGAUAAAUGCAGGACUCCAACUUUUCAGGCUUACGGAGUUAACACAUAAUCACCUGAACAAUAUAAACUGUCGCAUUGAAAUGCAUUGUACCAAAGAACGACUUGAACAAACUACCUCACAAUCCAUUUUGCUUCAAUUGCCUCAAGAAAAGAGACUCCUUCCUUCAGGAAAACAUUGUACCUGGAGAGAACGUAGAUCUCUGUAAACUGUUGGUUAAUGGGCCAAGAGGAAAUAUUGCCAUUAUAUGCCCUUUUAUUUUGGAAGCAAUAUCCUUCUGAAGUAUGAUUUGCUAUAUUUUUAAUUAUUUUAUACUUUUGUGCUGAAUAUUUUAGAUAAUUUCACCUGUAAAUUAAUUAUGUAAAUAAUUACCAUAAGUAUUUUACUUACAUUUGUGAUAUGAGCUACCCUUUUUUGUUUUGAUUUUCUAGGAUUUAUAAUUGGCAGUACAGCAUGUUAAUUGGUGGUGCUAAAUCUGAUGCCAAGUCAGAAUUUUGGUGCCUUGUUUGCACAUUAAUAAUGACAAUAAAAUGGCAUUUUGCUUUGAACUAAA